ACACCUCAUACUUACCUUGAUGGCACAAGCCCCUUCAGGUACCCGGGUUUGUGGGCCGUGGAGAUCCUUCAUAGCACGGCGACCCUGUCCCCAGAGGGUGUCUACGGCUUGUAUAGGCUCAGGCUUAUGCACCGUCUAAAUAUUUUCCUGUCCCACUUUGGCCACUCUGGC